AUGAGAAGCGGGAAGCGGGGAAUCGGGGGAGGAAAGGAGGAGAAAAGGAAGGAUGAAGGAGAAAUAAAAGAUGAUAGAAAUAGUGAAGGAGAGGAAAGAGAUGAUGAUGAUGAUGAUGAUGAUGAUAAUGAUAUGUUAUAUAAUACGGUAGAUGUUGCGAUAUUGGAUUCGAUUCGAAAUAUUGUU